AUGAAUUCAGAAAAUUACCCCCAUCAUCUUUACCUCCACGAAAACCAUCUCGAGUUUGCUGUAACACCUUCUCCAUCACAAAUUAAGUUAGAUCCUCCAUCACCUACAACUUUCAGCCCAAGGCCUUUUCCCCCUCCACGACCUUCACUUCAACCUCCGCCAAGCCACUCUAGCUUUUCUCAGCCUCGCACUGACGCUCAGUCAAUCUCCACCGAACGUCCAAAUCUUCCUUCUCUGACUUUCACGGCUCCUGACACAUUCCAGUUUCUUAAAGUAUCACCACAAGGUGAAUUUAGCACUCAGAGUUCAGGUACUACACAGCCACAGCCAACGACCUUCAGAGGUCCUUUUCUACAGUUCUUUUCCACACCUGGGUCAUCUUCCACACCUCCCUUCCAGAGAACAUCAAAUGUUCAAAGACUCAACUCUCCUUCAGUCUCCACGUCUUUGAGACCGACAACGUUCACAUCAUUCCAGGACCCAAGUCGAGCAUCACUUACACCUACCGUCAGAUCUUUUGUACCCACAUCUCCAGGGCAUCCUCGCAGUUUCCGGUCCACAACUACUUUGCCACCCUUCCUUGCUGCCUUUUCUACCUCAUCAGAUGACACAGAAAAACUCCGAAAUCGUGCACCGGAGAAUACUCUACCCUCGCCACCAAUCAUUGAAAUUGGGGGAUUUGUUCCCAUGAAAAUCUCCAAGGCAAAUGAUCAACCUGUAAAACCAUCAGAGAUCUUAACACCCCCUCCCCCGCUCCCAUCAUCAUUUGGGGAUAAAGACCUGUUUACAUCCUUUGCCUCCAAUCUUACAACUCAGCCUCCCCCUACCACCUCUAGACCUGUUGCCACCAGCCCCACCUCACAGCCAGCAGUUACAACGGAGUUCAACCUUCAGACAACUCCAAGGACCUUGUUUAACACUGCACGACCACCACAAACAAUCACAGGCUCCAACUUCUUCCUGAAUAGUUUCAGAUCAGCGUCUCCUCCUCCAGCGACUGUAACAACUGGACUCCCACGGACCACCAGACGACCGCGCACAACCCUACAACCCAAGACCCAUUCCUUCAGCAGUCCUGUCACGACGACAAGGCCCACCGCUAUUUCAACAUCGCCAAACCCAAGAGAAAACAAUAGCUUUGACGAGGUACAACAGAACGAGCCCAGAAAGCAGUUCUUGUCCUCCGCUCCCAGGCAGCAGACUGUUGUACCCAAGGUAACUACAGCUUCUCUUCCUUCACCUACGAGCGCCAGUAGGAGUAAAAGCACAAGCUCCAAAGGGUUUAAGGUUCCUGCGGCGCACGCAGGGAAGUCGUUCAUAUUUGUGCGAAACGGCCAGAGCGAAUACCGAGUAGUAUGGGCGUAG